AGAGACACGCGCUCACGGAAGACUCCUGCACACUAUAAACUUACACACCGAACUGCAACAAUGCGCUCCAAGAGGCUGCAGGCGUCUCCUCCGCCCUCCACCAGAAUGAACCUGCGCAGUUACAGGAGCACUGCUGUGGUCCCGAUGGAAACCUCCUCCUCGGACGACAGCUGUGACAGUUUUGGAUCUGAUGGUUUUGGGAACUCGAAGAGACCAAUGAGACUGACGAGAAGCUCUAGUCAGAUUGAGAAAGUGUUUAACGUUCUACCUGUGACCGAGGAAGAGGAUGCGUGCAGUGGUUUUGAGAAUGACCUGAACGAUGGCAUGACCGAAAUGAAAAUGGACUCAGACUCUGAAACCUGUUCGCCUCCCAGGAAAACUCGCAAAUCAUUCACACUCCGAGUAGCCAUGAAGUUCCCGAACAAACGGGCCAGUCCAUCAAAGCCAGUGACCCCCGAGUCCAAACCCAAACCUGAAGCCAAAGACCCCGAGUCUGACCCUGAGAGCGACAACUUCAUGAUGAAGAGAGCGCUGAACAUCAAAGAAAAUAAAGCUAUGCUUGCUAAACUAAUGGCAGAGCUGGAUAAGGUUCCUGGACUGUUUCCUGGGAAGGCUGCUUUCUCACAGGGCAAUACGCCUCGUCGAGUUCCCCGUCGUUCUUUUGACCCCAGCGCCUCUCGGCGGAGAAACCCGGAGCGGUCGUCCCGUCCUCUCACACGCUCCCGCUCGCUGGCUGGCGGACCCCCCUCCCCCGCUCCACAGGACGAUCCCGACGACAAAUACAGCCUGGUUCGCAAAAACAGAGCUUACGACGACGACGAUGAUGAGGAAGAGAAAGAACCACGGCGGCGCAGUUAUAACAGCACUCUGACGAUUCCUCAUGUCGUGAGGGCUGUGGACGAAAUCACUCAGGCUGAACUGGACAACAUCUGUGUCAACGUCCGAGAGAAGACUUACAACCGUGCCACAGGUUCAACCUGCCAUCAGUGUCGCCAGAAAACCACUGACACCAAGACCAACUGCCGCAACCCCGAGUGUGUGGGUGUCCGCGGGCAGUUCUGCGGGCCUUGUCUCAGGAACCGCUAUGGAGAAGAGGUCCAUGACGCCCUCCUCAACCCGGAGUGGCAUUGCCCCCCGUGCAGGGGCAUCUGUAACUGCAGUUUCUGCCGGGCCAGAGAGGGGCGCUGUGCCACCGGUGUGCUCGUGUACCUGGCCAAGUACCAUGGCUAUGACAAUGCGCACUCUUAUCUCAAAAGUUUAAAGAAGGAAUUGGAGGAAGGAGAAUAAAACGGUCGCCAUGUUCUGC